AUUGAAUCUCUUUGUUGGCCAAGUUCCUGAAUUCUCUCAUCUGCAACCAUGACUGCAUCGGCGAUGGAUCCUCCUCCGCCGCGAAACCCUACCCGUGUUUCAGAUCCUGUUCCGGAUGCUACAUCGAUUUUGGACAGCGAUGAAUCGUCCGCUCCAACGGAAGUCUCGUCGAUGAACCCUCCGCCUCCCAGAAACCCUAACCUACCUGAUCUCGAGUCAAAGGAAGUAGUAAAACCGGAGCUAAUCGAAGAAGCUAAGGACGAUUCCGUCGCUAUAGACGCGAAAAAUCCACCCCGUGCCCGAGCCGUGAAGCAGAAUCCCGUCCCGUACACGAUUCCAGAGUGGAGUGGACCUCCGUGCCACAAAUUUCAGCUUGAAGUCCUCAAGGAAGGCGCCAUUGUCGAAAAAUUAGAAGUGUAUGAGAAAGGAGCUUACUUGUUUGGACGUGACAGUAUUUGCGACUUUUCCCUUGAGCAUCCUUCGAUUUCUCGGUUUCAUGCAGUUAUUCAGUACAAGAGAAGUGGAGCUGCAUAUCUAUUCGAUCUUGGAAGCACUCAUGGAACGUUAAUUAACAAGAAUAAGGUGGACAAAAGACUUUAUGUUGAUUUGCAUGUUGGUGAUGUUAUUCGCUUUGGCGGUUCGACUCGGCUGUACAUUUUCCAAGGACCCUCGGAGUUAAUGCCACCUGAGAAAGACUGGCAAUUAAUAAGAGAAGCAAAGCAGAGACUGGCGAUGUCAGAACGAGAAGCUUCACUUCGGCGAGCAAGACAGCAAGCUUCAAUGGCUGAUGGUGUUUCGUGGGGCAUGGGGGAAGAUGCUAUUGAAGAAGAAGAGGAUGAUGUUGAAGAAAUCACUUGGCAAACUUAUACGGGAGAGCUCACACCAAAGCAAGAAAAAACUAAAGAGAAAGUAUUGAAACGGUUGGAGAAGAUUGGCCAUAUGAAGAAGGAAAUAGCUGCUAUUCGAGCUAAAGACAUUUCUCAGGGUGGAUUGACACAAGGACAACAAACGCAGAUCGCCAGGAAUGAGCAGAGAACAGCCGAGCUUCUGGAAGAGCUUGAGAGCUUGGAGGAAACAUUGAAUGACAGCAUCCGAGAAAGUUUGGGUGCGAAAACAGGGAGAAAACCCAAUGGUAAGAAGAAAGGACCUGCGGAAGAGGAGGAAGACUUCUCAAGCGAUGAAGAUGACUUCUAUGAUCGGACCAAGAAGAAACCAUCAACAAAGAAAGGCAGCGAAAGCCAAACUGUAGAAACUGUAGAUUCUCUUCUAGAAAAGAGAGACAAGGUCUUGAAAGAAAUAGAAGAAAAGAAUAAACAGCUUUCAGCAGAGAAGAAUAAGAUGGAGACAGAGACUGUCGCAGAGAAUGCAUCGGGAGACGCCCUUGACGCAUACAUGACUGGGCUUUCUACUACACUUGUGCAAGAUAAAACUGCCCAGAUCCAGCAAGAAUUGUCUGCUCUUCAGUCAGAAUUUGAUAGGAUAUUGUACCUUCUAAAGAUUGCUGACCCAACCGGACAAGAGGUUAAGAAAAGGGAGUUCAAAUCACAGGAAGCAAAUAUGAAGAAAUCUGAAAUACCUCCUGUAGAAAUGAAGAACAGUCCACCUUUGAAACCAGCUGGUCCUGAUGAGCAUAGGGAGAAGGAGGUGGGGAAAAAUGAAGUGGACUCGGACAGUAAGCCUGAAGUUGAAAAGAAAGCAAGUGAAACAGCUGAAGAGAAAAAGACCACUGUGUUUGUUCCAUCAAAACCCCAAUGGCUUGGUUCCGCUGCAAAUAAAGACACGGUCGAAGAGAAGAAACCUAUUAUUGUAGCUGCUGCGACUGACAGCACAGAUGAUGCCGAUGAGUUUGUUGAUUAUAAAGAUAGGAAGAAGAUGAUUGAAGGUGCAACAGGAUUGAUUAUAAGAAAACGGAAGCAAGAAGUCAAGAGCAAAGAAGAAGAUGAUGAGUCAAAGGAAAAGCAAGCAGAAGCCAUGGCACAAGACGCAGUUGCUCUCUUAUUGAAACAUUCUGUUGGACAUCAUAGAAAUGAAGAAGAGGAAGAAAUUAGUAAAAAGGAAGAAAGUAAGCAAGGAAGUGGGCAUAGUAGAAAGAAGAAGAAGGCUAAGAAAGUCAUUGGUCCUGAUAAACCAGAAUUUCUAGAUGAAAGCACAGAUUAUGAUUCAUCAUGGGUACCUCCUGAAGGACAAUCUGGCGAUGGACGAACGUCUCUGAAUGACCGUUUGGGAUAUUGAUCGGUGAGUGAGUCCCCAAAAGUAAACCAUGUGAUCGAGGGAAGGUCGAAGUGGCUUAAACAUCUGGCAAGUUUGCACCAUUCUUCUUGGCCAGUGUUUCGUAUUGUGAAUUCCUACCCUAAACCGCAAAGCUUCACCGAGUAAAAUUUACAAGAAACAACGCAAGCUUCAUUCAAAUUCCGAGCCCUCUCUUCUCGACAAAGACACAUUCAAUUUCAGAGCACACAGAUUCAUGAAUAUGAUAUCACCUGUUAGUGCCAUUCUAGUUCUCUUCUUACGCUUGCCUUUUGAAAUGUGUUGACUAAUUUCAAGUUAAAUGUUGAUAUUAGGAGGCUUUUAUAAGUUGACACUGCAAAAUAGUUAAAAGAGAGUGAGAAUUGAGUUAACACCUAUAUGAGCUACUUUCUUUUACAA